CGGAGGCCUGCACCCGCAGCCCCGCCGAGUCUAAGGGACCGAGGCUACAGGGCGGGGAGAACGGUGGUGGCGUCUUCCUUUCUGUUUCCUGGGGAUCCAGGCGCCUGGGUUGAGGAGCCUCACUACAGAAAGUGCACUCGCGACUCCGCUUUGCGAGUGUCUGUGCGUGUCAGGAUGCGUGUCUGCGCGUGUGUUUGUGCCUAGCUCGCUUCCUCUAGGAGCAUCGUGCGCAGCGCUUUUGGGAGCUUCUGCACAGAGCUAGAAAUGGGGGUAUCCUCGUGUAGCUUUCAAGGAAUUUCCAGUCCAGCAGGAGAGACAAACUACCCAGAUGUCAUUUGUCAGAGUGAACCGUUAUGGUCCUCGGGGAGGAGGAAGGAAAACACUGAAAGUAAAGAAGAAGAAAACGUCAGUGAAGCAAGAAUGGGAUAAUACUAUGACUGAUCUUACAGUUCAUCGGGCAACUCCUGAAGAUCUGAUACGUCGUCAUGAAAUACACAAAUCGAAGAAUAGAGCAUUAGUACACUGGGAGCUCCAAGAAAAAGCUUUGAAGAGAAAAUGGAAGAAGCAGAAACCAGAAAUUUCUAAUCUUGAGAAAAGGAGAUUGUCUAUCAUGAAGGAGAUUCUUUCUGAUCAAUACCAGAUGCAGGAUGUAUUGGAAAAAACUGAUCGUUUGAUGGCUACAGCAAAAGAUCUAUUUGUUGAUUUUCCUCGUAGGCGCACAGGGUUUCCAAAUGUAACGAUGGCUCCUGAUUCCUCUCAAGGUCCCAUUGUGGUAAAUCAAGAUCCAGUCACCCAGGCUAUCCUUAACGAAUCUGUCGUAGAGCCUCAGGCUCUUAAUGAAGUUGAUGAUGACAAAGAAGAAGGAACUGUUACCAGCCAGUCAGAAGAAAGUGAGAAUGAGUUGGAUAAUUCUCUAAACUCUCAGUCAAACACAAAUGCAGACACAUUUCUCCAGCAAAUAAAGGAAGAUAAUUCUGAGUUGAUUAAUAAACUAUGGACUGAUAUUCAGCAAAAAAUAGCAACACAGUCACAAAUAACAACAUCUUCAGGAACUCCAUCAUCUGCUUCUCCACCAGGAGACCGAAAAGCUGCUCUGAGUGCUCCCGAUGCUGUCAAGAGAAUCCAUAGCAGACUUCCACCUGAGGCAUCUACCACGACUCUAGAUGCCAGCUAUGCUGUGGGGCAAGUGCUGAACUCCAGGAAGCAAAAACAGCUGUUAAAUAAAGUGAAAAAAAGACCUCCUUCCAAGCAGAAGAGUAGCACGUUAUCAGCCAGCACAGCCUCCACGGAUUUACCAACUAGCAGUAACUCCAGCCUGGAUGUCCUCAAACACAUGAUACACGAAGUGGAACACGAAAUGGAAGAAUACGAGCGGUGGACAGGACGCGAGGUCCAGGGGCUCCAGAACAGUCAGGGUCUCACCGGCUUCACCCUGUCACUCGUGAGCUCCCUCUGUCGCCUGGUUCGGUACCUUAAAGAGAGUGAGCUCCAGCUGCGUAAAGAAGUCGAGACAAGGAAGCAACUGGAACAGGUGUUAGGUGAUCAUCGAGAGCUCAUUGAUGCUCUGACAGCUGAAAUUCUUCUCCUGAGAGAAGAAAAUACUGCUACCCAGGCGAGACUUCAGCAGUACAUGAUCACAACAGAUGAGCAACUUAUAUCACUCACCCAUGCCAUUAAGAACUGUCCUGUGAUAAAUAACAAAGGAAGUCAGGCAUUAGAAAGGGGAGCCACAAGUAGAAGAAAUAUGGACAGUCCAGAGGGUCCAGUUGUGAAUGCUGAUGUCUCCAUGCCGUUGAUGUUCAGAGGGGAUGAAGUGGCUGAAUUCCCUCAGGAAGAUUUGCCUGUUAAACUGUCUCAGGUGCUCAACCCUCCAGGAAGUGGGAAUCUGGCCAGCAGUUUUCCAGCACGUGUAUUUGAGCCGGCUGUGUUGCUAACACCACCCCGACAGAAGAGCACCUCAGAAUUCUCUCCUUUGCAGGAUGUGUUGAGGAGGACUGUUCAAACUCGGCCUGCUCCACGAAUUCCUCCAACUGUGGAAAUAAUUGAAAAGGAACAAAAUUGGGAGAAGACCUUACCUACUGGCACAGACGUUCAGAAUUCAAGUGAAGAGAGUCACCUCUUUACUCAGAGGUGGAGGGCCUCUCACAUGGGAGAAGAUUUGGGGAACAAAACCCAAGCCCCUUUUGUUAACCUCUCUCAGCCCCUCUGCAGCUCCCAUUCAGGUGGUCAGCAAUCGAGAAACCCUGCAUUCUCAGAAGAACCCCCAGUACUGGGAGAUGGACAACAGCUUAGAACAAAUGAGACGUUAAUACAAAGAAAGGACAUCAUGGCACGAAUUGCUGAGUUGACACUGCAGAAUUCAGCUAUCAAGGCACAUCUGAAUAAUAUUAUUGGGCCAGGAGGAGAGCAAGGGGAUGGACUUCGGGAGUUUAACAAACAGGAGACAAGUCAUGCCAGUGACAUGACCGCUACUUUUCCAGCAGUACAACCUCUAACACCAAGUAGCAUGGAAGAACGAAUUGCAGAAUUGAAUCGGCAGAGUAUGGAGGCUCGUGAAAAACUCCUGCAGUUACUAGAGCAGCAGAAACUCAUCGGUCUGAAUCCUUCCCCGCCAGCAAUGUCACCUAUUCAGUCACCUCUCAGAGCAUGGACUGAAGGAGGAAGGAGGACAAUUGAGGUGUCUAUUCCAGGAGCAGAAGCCCCAGAAAGCUCAAAAUGCAGUACUGUCUCUCCUACCAGUGGGCUAAAUACAAGAAGAUCUUCAGGGGCUACUAGUAAUUCUUCUUCUCCAUUAAAUGCCAGCUCAGGAAGCGGGCACUUGACACCGCUUAAUCCGAGAGCAAAGACCGAGAAACAAAAUGAGGAAGGCUGGUUUGCUCUUUCUACCCACGUGUCGUAAGCGAGGUUGAGUUUCACAGUUUGCUCUCAGUAAUAUAUUCUUGACUUCCUACUCCCCUUUCCCUGCUCCUGCUUUCAAGUUUUUGUGUUCUUCUUUCAGAUAAAACUUACAAAGAUCUCGUGACUUAGUACUAAUGGAACAAAGAAAUAAAGCAAUUAUUGUGAUUUUUUGACCUUUCAAAUAGAUUUCUAGCAAUCAACCAAUCUACAACCUCUUGUGAAUAAAAUUUUGACUAGAGGGAAAUUAAAGUUUUAUAUCUUAAUACA